AUGGUGGGAUACCAUCUUAAUAACAAGUGUUUAUGUAAAAUAACUUCUUUAUACAAUAAUACCAACCAUCACCGCAUCAUAGUUAUCUAAAUGGAGUAGGAAAUUUCAAGAUACCUUAUUCAUAAACUGAUAAGUAAACAAGGGAUAAUUCACCUGUAAUAAUCAAUGAACUUAUUAGAUAGACUUAAAUGCCAAUUAGUUCGUAACAAUCUCAAGAUGUAAACUCAUCAGACAACUUAGAGAUAAAAGAAUAUUGCAACUUCAAUCAGAGAAAUGAAGAAUAAAUCAAUGUCUGAGAUUGAUUAUUACAACCAGAUAAAAGGUACAGUGAAUUAAAAUAUUAAGAACAGUGAUUUAAGCAGUAGUAUGGCAUAAGUCUUAAACAUUCAUAACAAUUCUGCAUAAACUGGCAAUUUAAAUGUAAAACAGUAGCAUAAAUAAGUAAAAAAGCAGAUGAUAGCUCUAAAUUAAAGUUAACCAUAUAUAGCUCCAUUUGUUGAUAAAUCCAAAAAUAUCUCUGAUUAUAGCAAUCUUAGGUAGUAGGCUCCAAGUGCUGCUACUACAGUAGUAGAUUAUUAAUCAUUUGAUGUUGUCAAUAAAACUGACCAUAAAAGAAGUUAAUCAACUAGCUAAUACUACAAAGAAGAUUAAAAUAGUGUUGAGUACAACGAAUCUCAUAUGAAUCCAAAUGAUAGUCUUAAGAGUUUCUUAUAAAUUGGCUAAAACUCAUCAUAGGUACUAGGCUAAAACUUCAGUAUUGAAAUGGGUAAAGCUAAACCAAAGAUUUUGAAAAAUCUAAAUGCUCUGUAUCAAGUAUUCAUACCAAAUAAAAAAUAAUCUGCUUCUUCCAUAAGGAAAAGUGAAAUUAAGCAUGCUAAAAAUAGAUCAAUGGAUAUCACUAAUCCCUAAUAUUACAUAACAUUCAACAAGGAUUCAAACAAUGGGAACCAAAAUUUUAUAAAUUAAUCAGCUGUUAUAAAUAAUAUCAAUAAAGAAAUUGAAGGCAAUCUUAAUAAUAAUUAGAACAAUUAAGGAAAAAUAAUUGGAGGCAAAUCUAGAUAAAUACCAAUGAUAAAUUAAUCUAACUCAGUGAAUAACUCUAACAAAUUAAUUAGCUAAUUUGAUACAUAAGUAGGUAAUUUCCCUUUAUCAUGUAAUGAAGCAAUGUCUUCACCCUAAAAAACAAAUAUAAACCAAUAAAGUUAGAUUAAUCUCAACGAUUAUCCACUAUAUACUAACAAUAUUUCUUAAUUCAACUAAAGAACAUUGAAAAGAAAUAAAAGCAGAGAAAAUCAUAUGACUUCUGUAAGUUAGUAUCAAACAAAAGAUAAUUGGUAAUAGUAGCAAUAGCAUCUAAGCCAAGUAUUUUGGUAAUCCUCAUCUUAGUAACAAAGUUAAUCCAACAUUAUUCAAUCUACUAAUAGUACCUCGAAUAUCUCAUAUAGUUAGUAUAACAAUCAGUCACCUCAAAUAAUUCCACCUAAAAAAUAAUCAAGAUUUCUUGACAACUAAACUCAUCUCCCUGAAAUAACUCAAAAUAUAUAGUUUAACACUAACAUGUCUUAAGAAUAUUUGGCUCUUCCAACUGAGAAUAAUUAUGGUUUGUUAAACAAUGGUACUUAGCAGAUAGUAAAUAAUAGCAACUUAAAUGGAUAGAACAAUAAUUAUGCUACAACAUUUGGCAGUAGUCAUAAGAAGGUAAAUAGCAUUAAUAAUGAAAGCCUAACCCCUUAUGAAAAUGAUAAUAAAAUUUAAUCAACAGCAACCUUUUCUUAAUUACUCUAUUCAGAGAAGCUAUUAAAUGAAAAGGGCUCUAUAGUUCAAGAUACUCCCAGGAUUGGAUCAGACUCUUUAUAGCUAGAGUAAUUAUUAAAAUAAAGAUCUCUACAGUCAAAUCAAAGCCUAAAUGCGAUCUGA